AUGAGUUCGACUCGAAAGACUAGUCGCCGUGCCACCCUUGGUACCACUGAUAACAAAAAGAACGUUGCUAUUGCUGCAACGCCUCGUCGAUAUUCGAGCUAUCUCCAUAACGAUAACAAAGACCCCAAAGAAACGCCUAUCGCUACGACAACCACCACCGCUACUACUACGAGCGUCCAUCGUAAACGAUCCAAUACCACCACCAAUCGUCGUUCAUCCGUCACAGCAUUGACAGCCUCUGCUCGUGCUAAGCUUGUCAAUAAAUACAACAAUCAUGAGGAAAAGACAACAGCAGCUGACACAUCUGACAUCAGUGGUGGUGGCAACGGCUCUCAUCACAACACUAACAAUCGACGUUUGUCUAUCAACAAGCGAUCGAGCACUCGACUUCCACGUUGUGUUACGAACAAUCAACCCGAGCCCAAUAUGAAAGAAUGUGCACAAAAACAACAACCGACCAUUGAUAUUGAUCAGCUGACUGCCCUUUUAUUGAAAACUGAAACCCACCAUGGUGAACAAGGCCAGGAUAUGGAUGAACGUGCACGACGCCGACGUAGCAUGCCACCGUUGCAACAACAACAAGAAAAUGGUGGUGACGACGAAUUUUGGAAAGAGCUGGUGGAUAUUAAAUCACGCCUUCAAAGACUCGAGAUCAAUAAGCACCAUGUUGUGGAUGAUAAGAGCUGUUCAAGUAGUACAACCACUGCAAGUUCGAUCCAUACACCACCAGCGAUGCCAUCAUCUCCUCGUGUCACGGUACACCAAAAACGCCUUCAAGAUGCAUUAGCUUUGCUUGAGCAACAACAACCAGGGCCAUUAGCCAAAUCCAUGUCUGUUGUAGUAAAUGAGACCAUUGCUAUGAACCAAAAGCUAUGGGCAGCUAUUCCACACGAUCUCAAUACCGAUGCUCGGUCUUUGGUAGCAAUGCAAAAAAGCAGUGAUAUCCAGCUAAGGGAGUUGACUGAAUCUUUGUAUCUCAUGGCAACAACUUGUACCAGCAAUAAUAAUAACAUGCCAUCCCCUUUGGCCGAAUCAUCUUCACCACCCAUCAUGAUGAUGCCAUCCCCUCAGCAACAACCACAUGGCCCAUCUUCCUUACCAGUGUCUCCACGUCGAGCCGCUCCACCCCAACCACCUAGUUUUGAGGAAAGCUAUUAUUAUCGACGGCCAACAAUGAGUGCAUAUCAAUACAAGCAGCAGCAACAACAACAACAACAACCAUCCUCAUUACCUGCUUUACACCACCAACAUCGUGCAUCGUUGUCUAUUGCAGCUUCUCGACCCCAAAUCAAAGCAGCGGGUAUUUUGGAUUACUCCCCAACCACGGACUAUUUCUCAGCAAGGCACAAGUAUUACGAACCUAGAUACAGUGGAAGCCACCUUAUUCAUGAAGCUUGA